CAAGACGGGGUUGAUUCUGGAAGUUUGAGACUACAAAGUGGCUGGGUCCUGUGGUUCCUGCUUUAGAUUCACCAAUCCCAAACUCAGAUGGAAUGGAUCUUUUUCGUGGGGCAGAUGAGCGGUUCACGUCUCCGGGGUAAAGAAUUGACAUGGCCUCACUCGGUUUAAUGAACUCCUUCACUACAAGUGUUUCAUGAUAGUCAAAUCUGCAACCACUCAAAAGCUGCAACCGACAAUCUAGCCACAUACCCAUACAUCGGUGAUUCACCUGGAAAAUUCAAAGCUAGAGGUGAGUCAAAGUUGUAGAAAUGGCUGGCCCACAUAGUAACCAAUGCAACAAACUGGUUAUUUUUUUAUCGAGCAUUUUCACCGGCUUCACCCUGUUUUGAGGAACGAAACUCGCGCUCGAAAUCUUCCACUUGGUCUGCUGUCUCUUGCUCCCCGCCUUCUGAUUCACGCCCCCCCCGAGGCUUCGAGCGCGCUCCCUCCCCCUGCAGAAUCUCGCACGCCUCGUUUAUCAACAGUUGUGAGAGAGCGUCUGUUCUGUGAACUCGAAUAUUUCAUUCUUGUUAUUACCAGUGCAUCUAUCCCUUACGUGGAGUAAGAAUUGAGAGUUACAGAGAAUAAAAAUGACAGGGAUGCUUUUUAUUAAGUCCCCUUGAACUGUUUAUUAAGUGCUUAGUCGGAAAAUCGAAGGAAAGUGUGACAACAUUCAGUGAAGUGAAUUGCAAUCAAGCAUGCAUCCUCUUACCCUCGCUUUGGCCGUUUUGGGGUCGUUUUGGGUCCAUUCGCCCUUCGUUCUGGGCUGGGGUGAAAAUGUCUCUCCCAAGCUCAGAGUCAAUUAUCUCAGUCAGAAAUCAGACACCGUCAAGAAUUUCAUGGGCAAUCAAACACAUCAAGACCAUUUCAAGCUCCUCCAGUCGGACGGGGUUUCACUUCUGAUCGGGGCCCGGAAUGUGGUCUACAACCUGAGUUUGAGCGACCUUUCGGAAAACGUGCAGCAGCGGAUCUCGUGGCCUUCAAUCCAAAGGGAUCGCGACUUGUGCUUGGUCAAAGGCAAAUCCGAGGAUGAAUGCCAGAACUACAUUCGUGUGUUGGCGGCGAGCAGUUCGCAAAGCUUGUUGGUGUGCGGCACGAACAGCUUCAACCCGCAGUGUCGGAAAUACUCGACUUUGGGCACCGAGGAAUACCAGAUGACCCUCGAGUAUUCCGGCAAAGGCUUCUGUCCGCAUGAUCCCAAGCACAAUUCCACCGCUAUCUACGCAGAUGGCAAGUUGUACGCCGGGACUGUCUCGGAUUUCUCGGGGUCGGAUGCCCUCAUUUUAAAGGACCAGAUUCGAACGCCGCAAUAUGAUCUGAAGCAUCUCAACGCGCCCGAUUUCGUGAGCUCACUUGAGGAUGACGACCACGUGUACUUCUUCUUCAGGGAAUCUGCCGUUGAAUACAUCAACUGUGGAAAGGCUGUUUAUUCGCGCGUGGCUCGAGUGUGCAAGAGUGAUUCAGGCGGUCCCCACAAGUUUAAGGACCGUUGGACCACUUUUAUGAAGGCUCGAUUGAAUUGCUCGGUUCCCGGACAGAUCCCAUUCUACUUCAAUGAAAUUCAAGCCACUACCUCCAACAUGGUCGACAUUGGUAAUGGGGACAAGCUCAUUUAUGGCGUGUUUACCACCCCUGAAAAUGCCAUCGCAGGAAGCGCCAUCUGUUCGUUCAAACUGAGUGACAUCCUGCACAGCUUUGAUGGGCCCUUCAAAGGCCAGUCCAGUCAGAAUGCCAAUUGGCUGCCGAUUUGGAACACACCUUCGCCCCGCCCAGGUUCGUGCAAUGCCGACUCAGGGACGCUUACGGAGCGGAAUUUGAAUUUCAUCAAGAACCACCCGCUCAUGGAUGAAGCCGUGAUGCAAAGUGGUUCCAAGCCCGUCUUGGUUCAAACUGGUUUUCGCGAGAAGUUCACCGUUAUUGCGGUCGACCCUCAAGUGUCUACGCCCUAUGGAGAAAGCUAUGAUGUCUUGUUUGUUGGGACCACGCGUGGACAAGUCUUGAAGAUCAUCACAGCCAAAGACUUGCGCAAAACUGAGCCCGUAAUCAUUGAGGAUAUCCAGGUGUUCCCCCAUUCUAUAGCAGUUACCAACGUUCAAGUCGUCCGAGAUCAGAGCCAAGAUGUGGAUCAGUUGAUUGUAUUGUCGAAUCAUGAAGUGAAAUCCUUGCCGUUAAACCGAUGUACGGCCAGCGUUCUCCAGACUUGUAGCUCCUGUGUGGCUCUCAGGGACCCCUAUUGUGCUUGGAACCUCUUGACCAACAGUUGUGUGGAUCAUCGCUUGGUGAACGACUCAGAUGGAAGCGCCUUUCUCCAAAGCAUUGCUAACGGCAGACACGAAGGAUGCGUGGCUGCGGCUGAACAAGCGAAAAUGGCGGCUAUUCAAGAAUCCUCCUCAUCCGCACGAGAGCAUUCCGACAGCUCUACCACAGCCAUCCCUGAAGAGCUGGAUAUUUACAUUGACAUUGCAGACAAUGAAAUCUCUCAGCUUCCCCACAGUGAGGGACGUGCCAUUCAAUCGACAGCCACGAUUUACUCUACCGAGACUUUGACUUUAGUAUCACUCAUUGUGGCAGUGCUAUCAUUGUUGAUUGGAUUUGCUGGGGGAUUUUUUACGGCGAAACGAUGCACAAAAGACAACUACACCUCGUGUGGACAUCAUUACUUGGAGACUCAGACCAAGCUGAACAAGCAAAACGACAUGGCAUUGACGCACUCGGAAUCUGGUUAUACCACGGCACCAUUUAAUAAUUCUUUGUUAUCCCACCCACUCCCGCCCAUUCCUCCCACUUUGCCAUCAUCAGUUAGCUCAUUCGACAUUUCAAAACAAAACAACCUCUUGGUCAACGUACCUUUGAAGGACGAUCUCAUUGAGAAGAACACCAUCAACACUCAAGCCAUUUACAACAGUCCGCAACACACAGCCACCAUCAGUCGGACUGGAACCUUCCGCAAGGGACACGUGUUCCUCUAGUUUGUUUUAAUUAAUAUCUUAGCAAGAUGCAGUUAGGUAUCCCACCGAAAGAAAACUAAUGCAGAGCGAUGUUCCAUCUAGUCAGACUGGCGUGCCUUGCUUUCCUCAUUGAUCCUUAAUAUUCAUGGACGAGGAACAUACACAAAAACUUCCCUCUUUUAGAGGAUCCCUGAACGUCUUACCAACGAAAUGACUUUCCUGAAGCUUAAUGAUUGUACUUAACGGGCGGGAAUGUGUCAAUCUUACCUCGUUUUUAUAUACCGUCAAGGCUAAGGGCGGGAUUCAUGUGGAUUCACUAGGGAUGCAUCGGUCAAUUUUGCAUACUCUAGUGCCAAUUUUAACUUUUUUCGUUUCCAAUGAUUGAAUGGUUUCCAUCGUUGUUUAAGGCUGUGACAUGUAAUAAUUUUCAAUUCAAAACCCACCCAUGUAUUAUCGAUUUAGAGUUGUGUCCAUUUGCAAAUUGAAGAAAUAAAUCAUCUAAUAAGA